AUGGCUUCAUCAAACAGACACUGGCCUAGUUUGUUUAAGUCGAAACCUUGCAACCCUCACCACCACCAAUGGCAGCAUGACAUCAACCCUUCAUCUCUCAUGUCAACUGGUUGCCACAGAAACCCCUACGCAUCAGUUCCUGGAUGUGAAGAGAGAAGUCCAGAGCCAAAGCCGAGAUGGAACCCAAAACCUGAGCAAAUUCGCAUAUUGGAAGCAAUCUUCAAUUCUGGGAUGGUUAAUCCACCAAGGGAUGAGAUACGGAAGAUCAGAGCUCAGUUACAAGAGUAUGGCCAAGUUGGUGAUGCCAACGUCUUUUACUGGUUUCAAAACAGAAAAUCAAGAAGCAAACACAAGCUGAGAAAUCUUCAAAACUCAAAACAACAACAAAUUACCCCUUCAACCACCAAACCUGUGACUACCUCUCUCACAGCUCCAUCGUCUCUAUCAUCUUCCUCAGAAAAAUCCUCUCCGAAAGUGUCCAAAAGGACUCUCUCUUUGAGCUCUCCCACUUUUAUUGAUGCUUCCAAUUCGCCAAACAGUUCAGUUAGCCAGACCUAUUUUCAAGCACAAAAUGAAUUUGUGUCUGAACCCUUUUUCUUCCCCGUUCAACAGCCUGGAGGGGAAACUGUGGCUUUUACUCAAGGGUUUUGCUUCUCUGAGCUCUCAAAUGUGGUUCAUGUUCAAGAUCACACAGUUGGGCCUUGCCCUAGUCUCUUGCUUAGUGAGAUAACGAAUUCCAGUGCUUCAAAAAAAGUAAACCAUGAAGAGAGAAACCUAAAGAUGCAACCGCAGCUCAGUUACACUGCCACCUCCCCAGUUACUCAUAGCAUCGAUCUUGCUCCUCCUCUCCCUCUUUCAGCUAACACUAGCACUGUUUCCAUUCAAUCCACCAUUAGUCAAAUUCAAGGUCUAGGGAUGUCCGGUGGCAAUGAAAGGUCGACGGUGUUUAUCAAUGAUGUUGCAUUUGAAGUAGCUAUGGGACCCUUUAAUGUGAGAGAGGCUUUUGGUGAUGAUAUUCUGUUGAUUCACUCCUCUGGUCAGCCUGUUCACACCAACGAGUGGGGUAUCACCCUGGAGUCACUCCAGCACGGCGCUCUCUACUAUUUGGUACCCCUUUCCAUGAGUGAACAUAUUAUUUACGUGCACACUGGCGAUAACAGUGCUAAUACUCACUUCUACUUCGAUUUGACUAAGCGAUUUGGAUGUAUCAAUUACCACUCUUCUGUCACAAAAUUCUUCAUCUACGUCAUUUACAACACACAGAGCACUGUGGUUUUCAUGAACCAUCAGGCUGUGAUUUUGCGUGCCAGGAAAACUAGAUGCAGGGGCAGCAGCAAGUGGUGA